UUGACUCUCCUGUACUUCCAGUUCUUCUGUUGCGGCUUCAACUUCAUUCAUGUGUCAAACUCCGGAGCACCGAAUCCUCAGAGAUCAUGAGGUUAGGGCGAGGGAAAGCGACAAGAGAGACCAUGUCCGUCUUCCUAACGUGUAGUUCUGCUUUUACAUCUUUCAAAAGUCGUCGAUUCAUUCUUUAGUUGACGUCGAAUGAGGCUAGUAGGAGCGACCGACAAGCAACUUUAUUAAGCCCCAGCGGUAGUCGUUCGUGGAGCGGAGAGUCGCCUUCGUGCCCCACCGUUCGAAAAACCCUCCAAUGAAAUAGCUUUUAUAGACCGACUUAGUUAUGUUUACAGGGUCCAUGUUUAAGGUUUGCCUACGGAAGGCUCUCUGGCCGGCGGUACAGAAGUUACCGUCGGGGUUGAAGCAGUCUCCAGCGGCGGCGGUGGAAGCGCUGUUACUCCCGGGGACAGCGCGACAUGUACCGAGCUGCUGGAUGGGAACACAUGGGAGAAACGAACCGAGGGAGACGCUCAACUGUCCCACCAGGGCCAAAGAGUUCAUUUAUCGCCUACACCCGAGUGAGAGGACGUGCUUACUGAAGGAGCUGCAGAUCUUCGAGUCCAAAGCCAUCGCUCAAGAGACUCUGGAGCCAUCAGCGCCGACUGGAGCCCAGAUCAGAUAUGUUUUAUUCCACAACGCCGUCCCCUUUAUUGGAUUUGGUUUCCUGGAUAAUGCCAUCAUGAUUGCAGCAGGAACACAGAUUGAACUCUCCAUCGGAGUCACUCUGGGGAUCUCCACCAUGGCUGCUGCAGCCUUGGGGAACCUGGUGUCAGAUCUGGCAGGUCUUGGGCUUGCAGGUUACGUGGAGGCUCUGGCUUCCAGGCUGGGGAUGCAGGUUCCUGAUCUGACAGCCAAACAGGUGGACAUGUGGCAGACCAGGCUCAGCUCUCAUAUGGGCAAAGCCAUCGGCAUCACCAUCGGCUGCAUUCUGGGAAUGUUUCCGCUGCUUUUCCUGAGCGACGACGACGAAGAUGACAAGCAGAAAGGGGCAAAAGCACAUCCCAGCAGCGAAGCAGCAUCACACUCCUCCUAACAAUCGGCUCCAUCCACCACAGCAAACCGGAUUCGGUUUCAUGUCAACAUCACUAAAGAGUAUUUCUUCAGGAGGAUUCCCUGCUGUGCUACUCAGGCGGCUUCUCCCCUCCUGCUGAAUUCAAACAAAGCAGCGUUACUAAAUAAUUCUUCUUUUGAUAUUUGGCAUCUAUUGAUUCGGUUUGUCAGUUGUGCAGGUAUCACGUUUAUUUAUAUUCAGUAAAAAUAAGUCUCCAUCACGAGGUCUGGUUCCUCAUUGAUUCUUCUGUCAGCUCCUAAAAGACUGAUUGCUGGCAUUCAAAGAAACACUAAAACUCAUUUUUAGUCCCUAAACUCUGCAAAGGCUGCUGCUUUCAAACAUACUUUUAAAGAAACUAGUUAACCUUUGAAGAAAAUUUAUUUCUACUAGUUUGAUCAACAUACUAUGCUAUAGUAUGUUUGUUUAACGUUGGGAUUUAACAGUAUCCACAUAUAUGAGCUAAAUAUUAGCUUAGCAGCUACCAAACUGUCCUAAAACAAUCAUGUGUUCUAAAUUUAUAAGAUAAUUAGCUUUAAAAUCGAUUAGAUAAAGGCUAACUCUGCAGUAAUGACAGAUGAGGGUCAAGCGUUAUGUUUUUUUGACAUCGAUUCAGGGGGUGUUCUGGUUUUCUUUGCUGGGAAUUAACAAAGAACUACAUGUUUUCUAUUGUUGGACUGUUGAUAAGCAGUUUAGUUACCGAUUUCUGCUUUGUUUCUGGUUCAUGUUUUAAAUCAGAAGUUGUCUGGGGGGGGUUAGCCUUUUAUUUCUGGGGGACUCGGAUGAGUCCUGCUGUAAAACAACACAAUAUUCUGCAAUCAUGACCAGUGAAGGUGGAAAAUAAACGGGAAGUUUGACAGUAAUCUUUGCUGUGCCUUCGAUUUGACCUGGUAUAUGUUAGGGACUGGUCUGAAAGCUACUUAUGCUAUUUUAACCUUGAGUAAAAAUACCACAGGAUCAAGGUUAGACUCAACAGAAAAGGUAUAGGUUCAAUUCCCUUUGGGUAAGAACCGAAGAGAACGACUAUUCUUAUAUGGUUAUUAUGAUUCUGUUUCUAAUUAUGAAUUUAAUCAUUAUUUUGUGUUUGACACAUCAGUUAAAGGAAGAACAAACCUUUAGUUGAGUUGAAACGCUUGUUGUGUGGAAUAGUUUACAUUUACAGUUAGACUGUAUGCUACUUGAAGCUUGUUAACUACUUUAAAGCAGUCUAACCAACAGGAUACAUGAGUAGCACUACUUUAGUUGUACUUUUUGGCUUUUUCUCGCGUUUUCCUGCUAAAUCACUCCAGCUAUUGCAAACAAAACUCAUCUGCUCACCGAAUAAAGACGGCUGCAUCUGCAGAGUGCUGGGGAUUUACUGGCUUCAAAUGACUUUUACUUCGAUGCCUUAGCUGCACUUAGACUUUUUAUUUAUAUUUCUCCUUUCUAGUUCCCAGAAUCACUUUACUUUUCAAUGUUUCCAGGUAGAUCUAUUCAGUGGACUGAUUUUAAACUGAUUAGAAGGCAGAGAAUAUUCAAUUUCUCUGCAUCAGUAUAUUUCACAUACUUAGACUCUUUAAAUAAUCAAAUGUUUAAGGCUAAAAAAGGACAGCGGCCUCCCAUGGAAGCCACCUGAGUAGCUUUUAAAAGGGGAAGCACUCACCUGGAACCAUGUCUUCCUCUUUCCAAUUAUUCCCCACAUGAGGAUCAACAGCCGGUCGCCCUAUUUAACCAGAAACCAGGACUAAUUGUCAGAAGGUUCUGACUGCAAGAAGAAAAUACAAAACGAUAAGUUUGCUUUGCUAUCAAUGCAAUUAACUGGAAAGAAACAUGUUUUGUCAUGAGACACUUUCUACAUAAAAAAAAAAAUCUCCAACACUAUUUAUUCACAAAGGUGUUUCUUUCCUCCUAAGUCGGAGCACAAAAUCUAUAAAAUGUCUUUUGCAUCUAAAACCUUUGAUCAAAUAAUAAAAAUGGAACUAUGGUGUUUGCUACCUCGAGGAAUAAUGUUUAUGCAUGAAGAACUGAUGUAGCUGCAUAUUUUUUUAAAGUUUUAUCUGUUUCUCAACUCUAUAAGGAAGGACUUUGAUGUUUUGUAUGGCAAGAUGCAUCAUUGGGAAACUGAAGAUCUUUUUCUUUUGUCGUUUCAAGGUUUUUUAUUUGCUUGUUUUCUGUUUUCUUAACUAGAUACCCACAAUCUGUGCAAUUGAGUUCUUUAGAAGUAAUCGGAGAUGAAGCUCCACAUGGUUGAGAUUUCUCUCUCAAAAACAUUUAUUUAAUGGAGAAAAAAAAGAUAUUUCUGCAUCCCUGUCUUGUUUCCUUUUUCUUAUACAUGAACCAAAUAGCAGGACUUAUCAUCUAAACUACACAGACUUUUCUUCCUCUUUUUUAUUUUUCUGUUUAAAUGAUGGCUGCACCAGAUAUUUUACAUCUAUAACUUGUUAGAAAUGGAGUUUUUCAUUUUUCCAAACUAACUGCAGGUGGUUUCAGUAAAUUAGGAUAUUGUUUAGGGCCUAUUUAUUUAGGUAAUUUAGUUAAAAAGAAGUGAAAUGUGUCUCAUUAAAUUAAAGUUAAAUAAAGUUUAACUUCUGAUUUUGGCAUCCACCUGAUGAGAACCCCAGUAUUUUUUUGUUUUGUUUAAUCAUUUUAGUAUUUAGAAAUGCUAGUAAGGAUAAAGAAGUAUUUUAAUGCAAUAAUGCUGUCCUACUGAGCAUACCUAUAUGCUGGACAUUUUAUUUAAUUAAUCCUCACUACAUUAAUGCUCCAUGUAGGCUGUAAACCUUUGGUCUACUGAGAUCUUAAAGGAAAGAUGUUUAUUUUAAUCAUGGCUUUCUGGCUUGUUUCUAUUGUGGGAUUUCAUGUCUUCCUAUCUUUGGAUCACUAGCUGAUCAAAUACAUACAGUAGAUCCUCUGUUACUUCAGCACGUUGCAUGUUUUCCUUCCACUGAAUUUUCCAUCUAUAUCCCCAAAA